AUGACAAUUGUAGAAUGGGUAUGGGAUCUGUAUGAAAAAGGACAGAUUCUUGAAGCAGCAGACCAAACACUAUGUGCGGGCUUUGACAAGCAAGAAAUGGAAAGGUUGCUGGUGGUUGGUCUUUGGUGCACUCACCCAGAUUACCAUCUUCGAUCGUCGAUAAGGCAAGCUACUCUUGUCCUUAAUUCUGAAUCCCCCUUGCCUAUUCUCCCAUCAAAGAUGCCACCUGUCCCUACAAGUUUUGGUCCCCCAGCAAAUAUGCCUAUAUCUUGGUCCGCUUCGUCUGGUGGCAUCAUUAUUUCGAAGAACAG